GUCAUUGUAUUUAAUUUCACGUAGCAGAGACUAUUAUUUGAGAAAGUCUUAGUAUAAUAGUGUGGUUUUAUUUAUUACUAACGUUUUGUAUGUAGUGCUACUUCCCAUCGUAAGAUUGCUCGUUGGUGUGUCGCUUUAGCUAAUUCGAUGGCUAUGAUAUUGGAGUUGUAAUCUAACGUGCCGCUUCGACGUUCUCCACGGGAUACUAUUGAGAAAGCGAGGCGACGCCUGUAGAAAUGAGCAGGCCUCAGGGCGGACGCAUACAAGUCCCGGAUGACCUUAGAGAGAUCUUAUUGGAGUUCACCAUAAGUUAUCUGCUGGAGCAGCCCGGGGACGUGAUCAACUACGCGGUCGAGUUCUUCACACGGUUACAAAACAACAGGACCACGACCAUAGUUCGGGGCCCGACCGCCGGCACGCCGGAUGAGUCCAUAAUAUCAGAUGAAGAAGAGCCGCCGGUAGCGGCGCGCUUCAACAACCGGCGCAAGUCGGUGUUCGCGGAGACGUACGACCCCGAGGAGGAUGACUCGGACGAGGGUGCGCCCGUGGUGUUCCCCAAAUCGGAUGCGCAGCGCACGCGGCUCGCCGAAGCUGUACGCGGCAUCUUGCUCUUCCGCUCGCUUGAUGCCCAGCAGAUGCAGCAGGUGCUGGACGCGAUGUUCGAGAAACGCGUGGAGCCCAGCGAGUACGUGAUUCGGCAGGGCGACGACGGCGACAACUUCUACGUCAUCGAGAACGGCAUCUUCGACGUGCUCGUCACAGGAGAUGAUGGCAUCGAGAAGGUGGUGCACACAUACGAAGGCACUGGUUCAUUCGGCGAACUGGCCCUGAUGUACAACAUGCCGCGUGCAGCGAGUGUGCGCGCGCAGACGCCGGGCGCUCUCUGGGCCAUGGACCGCCACACCUUCCGCCGCAUCCUGCUCAAGAGCGCCUUCAAGAAGCGUAAGCUGUACGAAGAGCUGCUGGACAAAGUGCCCAUGCUGAAGGCCCUUCAGCCGUACGAGCGUGCAAAUCUUGCUGACGCUCUGGUGCCCCGCUCCCUGAUUGAUGGCGAGCUGAUUAUCCGACAGGGCGACACGGCUGACGGCAUGUAUUUCGUUGAAGACGGCAACGUCUCCAUCCGUAUAACACGUGACGACGGCAACGAGCACGAGAUCAAGCGCCUUGACAAGGGCGGCUACUUCGGAGAGCUGGCCCUCGUGACCCACAAGCCACGCGCCGCAUCGGCCUACGCCGUUGGCCCCACCAAGGUAGCAUUCCUCGACGUGGAGACAUUCGAACGACUGCUGGGUCCUUGCAUGGAGAUCAUGAAGCGUAAUAUCGACGACUACGAGGAACAAUUAGUCAAAUUGUUCGGAGACAAGAGCAACCUGACCGAUGUGCGAUGAACGCUCCAUAGACAGCAAGCAACGCGGGCCGUUGUUUCCCUUCCACUCACCGUAAUCUAUACUCUAUAGUUUUUUUUUUAUUUCGAGUUCCUUUUUGACUGGCUCAAGAGUUGAGGUUAUGCUGGAUUAACAUUUUGUUUAAUUUAUGUUGAAUUUUCGUAGACUUUCGCUGGCGAAUCUGAGUAACGAAUGUUUAAUUUAACGUUCUAUUGGAGAUCUCACAAACUGAAAGUAUUGGUUUUUAUUUUAGUAUAGAAUGUGAUGUAAUAAAUUUUAUUGUACAAGUUAAAUUACCAAAGAGACCAGCCUAAUCUCGAAAUCUAACGCCGCAGUCAGUUUUUAUGCUCAUGAUAAAGCGAUCAUUACAAUCGCUUCUACAAAUUAUAUGUAUUCAUCGCUUAACUUACCGCUUACUAAUGACAGUCGGGACGGAGAAUAAAUUUAAUUUAUAAAGAAUUUAAUGAAUAUUCUACGUAUACUGUGCCAUGUUAAUUCCUUUGUAGGUUAGGGAUUACGAGUUGGAAGGGGAAAGGGACGUGAAGAGACGAGAGCUCAAUAAUAUUGCAUUGGUACAAAUAUACGCUUAUUUUAGAUAGUGGAUUGCCUUAGUAGCUAUGUAAAUAUAAGGUACACUCUGAAUGAAGGGUAGUAUAAUCGAUUGUCGUAGAAAACAAAAUUUUCUGAUUUUUGUAUGACAUAUACUGUGUCUAUGGUAAAAGACAAUUGAGUUUCUAUAGGCAGUGUGGUCUUUACCUAUAGCCUGUCCGUUUUGGACGAAAAGAAAAAUGUUUCUAUAAAUUGAAAAACAAUCUAUGCUCACAAAAUGUGCCAUAAUUAUUUAUUUGAUUAAAAGUUCGCGUGUUGUUUAUUGGAAACAUUAUACGUUACCAAAUAUAAGAAAGAGUGUUUGUGUAUAUAUGUGCAAUAAUAUUCGUUAACGUGAUAGUGCUUAUUGGUUGCCCUUUUCACCAGAAGCGUUAAACAGAACAUUGUUGGAUAUAUUUAUUUUAAAUUUGAUCUGAAAUCGCCAUCAAUUUGCGUACCUGCUUCAAAUUGUAAAAUUUGCUUUCUACGACUGUCGGUAUAAUGUGAAGGGAACACCUAAGAAUAGAAGAAUAUAUUAAGUAUUACUGAGCAAAGGUAUAAAAUUAUACCAUUAAAAGAUUUUUAGUCGAGGAGUUUAAAAAGUGACAAUGCAAUGCUAUUCGGCGCUCGAACUGACGUCGUAAGCUAAAACGCCCUGAUGUCACAUUCGUUAUUUCGGGGGUAAUGAAAACAAACACCCACAAAUCGCAUCAGUCCUUUGUGAAUACUUUUGACCUGACUCUUUUACUAAACACUUAAACAUUCACAAUCUGGUCCUGUGGACAAUUAUUUUAACUUACAUUAACAGCAUUGUUAUGGAAUUGUAGAAAACAUUUAUUUUUUCUAUUCUUUCCCAUUUUCUCCGAGGUAAUUAAUGUGCUUUACCGGCCCUUUCGCUUAUGGCGGCAGCUAACUUGUCUUAUUUUGGAUCCUUCACUAUCGCCGUUUCUACAGACGGCAAGAAUUACACUGACACGCUUUCCAAGCGAUACAGAAUUUAUAUACCUGUAGGUAAAGUAUGUAGUUUUUAUUUUUAUUUGUGACUAGAUGAAAUCUAUGUCACUAUUUUUAUUAUUUAUUUAAAUAACGCGUUUAAUGGAUUUGCGAUAUAUGUAUAUGGAGAUGUAACAAUGCGCGGAACAGAUUAUGUUGAAUGCCAAAUUAAAUUAUAGUUCCAUUACUGCAGGGGAAUACAGGCAAUAAUGGCAUAUUCAACAUAAGAAAAGGAAUAACAUUCAGAUUAAAUUCAGAAAUAUUUACUGUAUAGAUUAUGGAUUAUUAUAUUGCAUAGGCAUUUUCGUUAAGCACAGGAAUUGUUGUUUGUGUUAAUUAAUUUAUGUUUUAAAAGCUUUUUCUGUUGUAGAGAGUUCCUAUUGUUUCUCUAACAAUCCUACUUAGAUCUGAGGUGUGCUGUGUGCUUACUCUAAUAAUUUGUAGCGAACACAUUUUCAUUCGUAGAUUGUUUUUUGGGUGAGGCCCUUUUGUAUGGUAAUAGUAUAUUGGUGUAUAUUUAUUAUUUGAGCAAAUCACUGGUGUGAUAGUAUCGUAGCACCGCUGGUGGUUUGCCCGCGGCGCUGACGCGGGCGCCAAACGUGAGACCCUCAGGUAGAUAUUUCCAGUAUUAUUUAAAUUAGAAAAAUCUACAACCUUAUUUGUGAGUCCAGCCAAAGUAGGUGAAUGCAUAAAGAUCAUGUGUAGCACUAAAUAUUUAAGUCUAUAUUUACUAUGUAGUAGUUAGUUUUUGUCACUUCUUAUUGUAAUUUAAAUAUUAGUAGAUUAGGAAAUUGAAUGGAGCAUAGUCAAAUCCUGAGGGGAGUGGUGUAUUGUUUUUGACGCAAUAUGUACAAAUUAUUUCAGCUGCCAUAGAUUUUUUUAUUGUAUUGAAUUUAUUAACUAAUUGAUAUGAAUGUUAGUAUAUUUAUUUUGUUAAAUGUGCCGUGUUGCGGUUUUAGAGUUUCAAAGGUAUAUAUUUUCAGCCAUAAUAGUUUUCUCUGUGAGGUUUCCGCUUCUAGUUGCGAUCUGUAUCGCAUUUGUUUUAGCUAUUACAUUCCCGUUGUUCGUUGGAAUAUAUUUUUUUAUAAUUUUAUUUUUGUUACCACAAUAGAUUUUAUUUUUGUCUGAUAAUGUCUCACUUCAAGUGCCUAUUUCAUACUGAGCAUCAAUCAGGAUACCAAUUAGUGUUUUCUCACUAACCACCUUCUCGUGUUUUAUCUUCUUGAACUGCCUUUUCUAAGUGAAAUUGUGAAAUGUGUUGUGAGGUAUGUGUAUUUAUAGUGCAUUCGGGUAACAUUUGAUCAAAUUAUAUAUAAAGUAAACAUAAAAUAAUUUUCGUGUCCAUUUUAUAAUCAAACGUACAGUCGAAUGUGUUUACAUUUCCGGAUGUCGUAAAUUACUUUGUACUAAAAUCGGUAUGCAAAACCAAGCAACACAUAAUAUUCUUGACUGUACGUUAUUACACUAUUGAUAUAAUUGAUAAUAUUUUGCAUAGUAUCUAAUGGUAUGCGGUCUUUGAAAUGAUGUCAAUCUAAGAACUUCCAAUUUGGAUUGCUUUUAAGUGUGUGGGAUGUCAUUCCGAAGUUUUCCCUUCUAUGAUACAUAUUAUUAGCUACGGUAAAACGUAACUGCCAGAGUUAUAUACCAGUGCUUUCUCUUAAAGCAAAGAUAUGUAAAGUUACCAGUGAAAAAAGUAUCUAUCUAUCUAUCUAUCUAUAUAGACAUUUGUCUACAAACACGGCAUCACAAGAGAAAAAUCGAAUGUAUCAUCGGUGGUUACGUCGAAGCCCACAAGUUUGAUAUUCCCGUGUAUAACACUGUGUUUGUUACAUUGUACAGGUGAGGUCCGUAGCGUGUCCAUUCUACCGCAUAUUAUGUGUCUGUGUGUCUCCCGGUGUUUCAACCAAGUAGUUGUUUAUAGUAUCGUGCAAUAAUUUACUGUCAUCUACGUCGUUUACAUCAAUAUUAUGUGUUAAAUUUUGUCAGUGUGGAAUUUAUUUAUAGAUUUUAAAUAAAUAAUAGUAUUAAGGUAUAUAUUUCUCUUUAUACUGAUGUUAACUCGAGCAUUCUAAGUAAUCGCAUCGGUAAUAAAUAAGGCUCAUUAAUCUACAAUUGGGAGAAUCGUUUGAGUCACGUUUACGUACGGAAGCACAAAUUAACGUGUGAAUUGUGGCAUUUUGAUUCUGUUGUCUUCCAAUGGGACGCACAGAAGUUUGCUACUGUUCACAGUGGCCGUGCUUCUGGGGCGCUCGCGUUGUCUGGCAUUCUGAUGUAAAAUUUAAAAUUCGAUACGCUUAAACGUAGCGUAAAUUUUUAUAAAUUACUAGUCAUUGGUGUCUUAAAGUAGAUUUGUAACCUGACGGCACUUUGGAACAAACUCCAUAUCUUCACAUUCACAUUAGAUGUAAGUUGUCAUACAGUUCCAUGAAGUGAAGCAUAUCAAGCGGGAAGCCGCCACCAUGUCUAAUAUUAAUUGCACCGUGUAUACAUCCGGUAGCCAGUUGAGAACUAGUACCGCUUUACCCACGUCAUGAGCUUACCCUGUACAUUUAUAAAAAUUAUGUAUCGUAAAAUGUUAGAAAACUGAAUUAUAUUUGUUUGUAGAACUAAUUU